GGCUUUGAGAACAAUAAAUUUAAUGAUUUCGUCGGAGAUGCUGAAUUCGGAUCCAUAGAUCGAAAAUUGACGGUCAACAAAAUCGAUGGCUCAUGCUCCGGACAGGACGACGACGAUGAUUCCGUAUGCGUGUGUGGUGAAUCGUUGUUGUUGUGGUUGUUCCCCUCUGUCCAGAUGCUCUGUUUUGCAGGCCACCGACGAGCUAAAGAUGGACGACGACGAACAAGAAGGGGAGGAGGACUGGCGACCUCGAUGGCGGAAGAAAGAAGGAAUGGCGGGG